AUGGUUCAAAUGAAUGAGACUAAAUGGGCUAGGUUUAAAAGAUCGAUUAGUUCAAUUACAUUUGAACAGGCUAAAGUACAUUUAGUGCUGUUGUCUGUACAAUUGGUAUUCUCAGUCUUUUAUAUUCUUGGUAAAAUAGCUCUCAAAUCGAUGCAUCCAUUUGUAUUUCUAACGUAUCGAUUGUUAUUGGCCACUCCGAUCAUGUGGUUGUUUGCAUUCAUUGCUGCACGAGACCAAAUGAUGUCAUUACCUAAAGGUUGGAGAGAAUGGAUAUUAUUAAUAGUUGUCGGUAUCUUGGCUGUUACCAUUAAUCAAUCUUUAUUCCUUGUUGGUUUGGAGUUAUCUACGGCAAGUAAUGCAGCCAUUACUCAACCUGCAAUUCCAAUAUUUAGUACGUUGAUUGGUGUCGUGAUGGGAUUUGAGAAAAAGACUGCAUUAAAGUUUAUUGGUAUUGGAGUGUCGGUGGUUGGUGCCGUACUGAUGAUUGAUUUUACACAUUUGGUGAGUGAUACUCGAACGGGCACAGAGACGUUGCUUGGCAACCUAUGCUUUUUGGGUAACACUAUUGCCUAUUCUGGCUUUCUCAUUUCACAACGUCCACUUUUAAAGAGUGGUAUGUCGCCUGCCAAAGUUAUGGCAUGGGCGUUCCUAUUUGGAACACCAAUUGUUGGUAUUGUGGGCGCUGCGAUAGUGCCCCACGGUCAAUGGGCCGAGACCAAUGUCAUGAACUGGAUGGUGUUGUUGUACACGGCCAUCCUAGCCACCGCAUACACGUUUUGGAUGAGUGCAUGGGCCGUCAAAAAGUCAGAUGCGACCACUGUCGCCGUCUACCUCACCAUCGAACCACUGGCCACGUCCAUCAUGGCAGCUAUCGUCUUGCACGAGAGAUUAACACCACUCAACUAUGUCGGCGCAUGCGUUAUCCUGGUCGGAGUCGCCGCAGUCAUGUUUUCCAAACACAAAGAGAAAAAAGAAGAGUUGAUGCGUGAAUAUGAAAAGAAUAAGAAUAAUCACAGUGCUGUACAUCAGAAACAUGCGAGUGCGAAUAUAGAUAUGUUGGAAAGAGGAGAGGUGGGUACGAUUAAAGAGACCAACCAAAUUGUUGAUAGCAGUAAUAUUUAUAUAUCACCAGACUUGCACGCACAAAAGUCGUCAUCUUCUGGUGACCAUUCCGAUCACGAGCAAGACUCUGCUUUCUCUACACCCGAUAAAUCACAAUCUAUUCCAAAUCAUAAAUUGGUACCACGUCAUCAAACAACAACAACACCAUCACAACACUUACAUCAACAUCAACAUCAACAACCAACACCACAUGAUCCAUAUCUUCCACCUGCAACUUCACAUAUCAAUAUUGAAAGUUUCAAUGAUAAUUUUGAUGAACAAAAGAAAAAUAACAAAAAGAAAAAGGAUAAAAAGAAAAAGGAUAAGAUCAAACUAAAGAAAUACGGUAAACAAGGGGGUGGUAAUUCAAUCCUCAGUAGUGAUUACAACAAUUAUGAUGAUUACUAUGAAGAUUAUGAAAUUACAAAUGGCGGUCAAUACGAUGACAAUAAUAAUAAUAAUAACAAUAAUAAUAACAUAGAUUAUGAUGAUGAUGAUUCAUAA